CCUCAUAUUAAGUUUAAGAAUCUGCUAAUCUACCUGGUGAUCUACACUCGAGAUGCAUAACUCGUUCAAUACCCUAUCUCAACGCAUGAGUGGUUUCAGUGCUGGCUCCUGCCGUCAUGACAAUAAGUCAAGCAUGCCUGCCAAUGAUCGAUACAUAGACCCUCCACCACCACCGCUGCCACCUCGAAUCCCAAGAACGGAAGACGGCCGACCAUCGAUCUCAUUGCCUGUUCCAGGCACUUUCGUGGACUUCUGCAAGAGUGGAAAAUCAUCGAGGAAUACCGUGGUUAGGGAGAAUAUCUCGUCUUCGGAUACCAAGUCUUCUAGGAAAUAUUCCGGAAAGGAGUCCGAGAUGCCCCUCUCAUGUCAUCCCCCAUUCGAGCCAUCUUGGAUUGAGAUCCAGCCGCUGACCAAGCAUACUAUCAAGACUAAACUAUGCUUCGAACCUGAUGUCAGGCAUAUCAGUACGGAUAUACCGAGUCUAUCAGAGCGUGAGUGGUGCAAGAGGCCACCCCGAGCGCAUUCAGCCCAUCCAAGUCGGAUGGAUUUUCUGGUACCACCAGCUGCCUCUGAUGCUCACGUACGCAGUUAUAGACCCCACAGUAUGUUAUCCACGCUGGACAACACCAAGACCAAGACCGUAGCCAGUUCCUCAGAACGACUUAACGUACCGCGACAGACACAUCGCCGUAUGGAGAAGGCUCGAGAGUCGCCUAGGCCAUCGAGACCACUAGCAAUUGAUAGUUUUCGCGAGCGAAAGCGAUACUCUGAAGUCGGCAGUCCUCGCCGCAAUUACAUUCCCUACCCUUCUGCCCUCCAACAGCGAUGGGCGAACAGGAGUUCACCAAAGGUCAUCUUGGCUGACAGUUCACUUCAACUCAAGUCUCUGGCUGAGCUUAAUAUUGAGGUUGAUGAGGUCAUGAGCUUGUACACUACACCAGCCAAGAAGUUUUGA